UUACAUUUUGCUUUGCAUUUGCAAUUUUGCAGUUUACUGUUGGACGUAAAAAUCACUAUCGUGCUAAAUCAAUUUACUUAGUAAAAUCACUUAAUAAUUGUUGAUACAUGUGGGGAUAUCACUAAUUUUAGUGGUUUGGUUUUAUUAAACAUCAAAUAAUGGAAAUCUCGUUUAAAGGCAAACGGAUCUUAGUGACCGGUGCUGGACAAGGUAUAGGCAGAGGAAUAGCUGUUGAGCUAUGGAGGGCUGGAGCUAAUAUAGUUGCACUUUCACGAACAAGAAGUCAUUUAGAAAGUUUACAAAGUGAAUAUCCAUCUAUUGACAUUGUUGAUGUUGACAUAACUGAUUGGGAUAAAACACGGCAAGUGGUGGACUCUUUAGGUCAUUUUGAUGCACUGGUAAACAAUGCUGCUGUUGCUGUAUGUGAACCAUUCCUUACUUGUACUGCUGCUGAUUUUGACAAGACAUUCAAUGUAAACGUGAAAGCAGCUCUAAAUAUUAGUCAAGUAGUUGCAAAAAAAAUGGUAGAAAACAAAACUCACGGCACCAUUGUAAACAUAUCUUCACAAGCCUCUAAGGCUGCUUUAAAAGACCAUGCCAUAUACAGUGCAUCAAAGGCUGCCUUGGAUGCUUUGACUCGUGCUAUGGCAUUGGAGCUUGGUCCUCAUGGAAUCAGAGUGAAUGCUGUUAACCCAACUGUCACCAUGACUGCUAUGGCUAAGGUCGGCUGGUCUGAUCCAGAAAGGAGUGCAGAAAUGAAAGCCAAAAUACCGUUGGGAAGAUUUGGUGAAGUUUUUGAAGUGGUAAAUGCUGUUGUUUUUCUGUUGAGCGAAAAAUCCACAAUGAUAAACGGUGUUGAGUUGCCCAUUGACGGUGGUUUUCUUGCUACAUACGCAAAGAUUUUUCAAUCUGACUGUUUAUCCCAGACCUUCCUGGGCACUGUGAUCUUAAAAAUGAAGAUGGACCAAUACUUUAAAGGCAAAAGAAUUCUCGUAACUGGAGGAUGCCAAGGUAUUGGGAAAGGCACCGUUCUAGAGUUGUGGCGUCUCGGCGCAGAUGUCGUCGCUUUAUCGCACCAAGCUGAAAACUUAGCAAAGUUAAAAAGCGAAUAUCCUUUAAUAGAAACCGCAUGUGUGGAUCUCGCCGACUGGGACGCGACUCGUGAAGUAGUAGACUCCUUAGGAGUGUUCCACGGCUUAGUGAAUUGUGCGGGUAUUGUAGUUACCGAAUCGCUUCUAGAAUGUACACCAACAGUCAUCGAUCAAACUAUGAAUGUGAAUGUAAAAGCCAUUAUCAACGUCACUCAAAUUUUAGCCAAAAAAAUGAUAGACAAUUGUAUAAAAGGCUCUAUAGUUAACAUAUCAUCUCAAACAUCUAAGGCAGCAAUUAAAGACCAUGUUGUGUAUGCCGCCUCAAAAGGCGCCGUAGAUUCUAUGACACAAGUCAUGGCGCUGGAAUUGGGGGCACACGCAAUAAGAGUAAAUGCAGUGAACCCCACCGUUGUAAUGACAGAACUGGGUCGAAGAGUAUGGUCAGAACCCAGCAAAUCCCAAUACAUGCUUUCGAAAAUACCUCUAGGACGAUUUGCAGAGGUUCAAGAAAUAGUUAACGCAAUCGUGUUCCUCCUCAGCGACAAAGCCAGUAUGAUAAACGCCGUACACCUACCGGUCGACGGAGGAUUUCUCUGUACAUAAUAAAAAGUUAACAAUGAAUAAUACAA